GGCAGGAAUUGAUUUGUACUCACAGGCGUUUGUUCAUGUUUCAGCUCGGGUCGCGAGUGGAGUAGAGCCCCACUUACAGAAAUCAAAAUACGAAACAGACGAAAUGCUUUUAUUUUCUCGGUGUUGAGAGGGUGAUCUAUUGCCCAAAUGAUUUCUAAUUUAUUUGCAGAAGCAAUCCGAAGUAUGCAACAACAACAAAAAAGUACCAGCAAAAACUGCAGAAAAACAGAAGCAUAUAAAAAGUCUAAGGUCACACAACUGGUCUCUCAUUAAAUAAUGAACGGCUGUACAAGCUCACGUACUCCACUGAAGUGUUUCUGGAUGGGGGCAAAGGAAAACUUCAGGACAGCGUGGGCUACAGGAUCUCAUCUGAUGUGGACGUUGUGUUACUGUGGAGGAAUCCUGAUGGUGAUGAUGACCAACUGAUCCAAGUCACGAUGACAACUGUCAACGUUGAAAAUGUGAACCAACAGAGAGGAGAGAAGAGCAUCUUCAAAGGCAAAACUGCACCGAAGAUCCUAGGAAAGGACAACCUGGAGGCGCUGCAGAGACCCAUGCUCCUUCACCUGGUCCGGGGGAAGGUCAAAGAGUUCUACUCCUAUGAAAAUGAGCCCGUGGGCAUCGAAAAUCUCAAGAGAGGCUUGGCUAGCUUAUUCCAGAUGCAGUUAAGCUCCGGAACCAUCAACGAGGUAGAUAUCUCUGGGGAUUGUAAAGUGACCUACCAGGCUCAGCAAGACAAAGUGAUCAAAAUGAAGGCCCUGGAUACAUGCAAAAUCGAGAGGCCUGGGUUUACAACACUGAACCAGGUGCUGGGUGUCAGCUCAAAAGCCACAUCUGUCACCACCUAUAAGAUAGAGGACAGCUUUGUCACAGCUGUGCUUGCCGAAGAGACGAGGGCUUUUGCCUUAAACUUCCUACCAAGCAUUGCAGGAACAAUAGUAUCGAAGCAGAAACUGGAGCUGAAGACGACUGAAGCAGGUCCGAGGAUGAUACCCGGGAAGCAAGUUGCAGGUGUAAUUAAAGCACUUGAUUCCAAGUACACAGCCAUUCCCAUCGUGGGGCAGGUCCUCCAGCAAGCCUGCAAAGGAUGCCCUUCUCUGGCGGAGCACUGGCAGUCUAUCAGAACACACCUGGAGCCUGAAAACCUGUCCAAUGCCAAGGCUGUCAGCAGCUUCCUGGCCUUCAUUCAGCACCUCAGGACUGCCAGGAGAGAAGAGAUCCUCCAGAUUCUGAAGUCAGAGAAGAAAGAAGUGCUCCCUCAGCUGGUGGAUGCUGUCACUUCUGCCCAGACUCCAGACUCACUGGAAGCCAUCCUGGACUUUUUGGAUUUCAAAAGUGACAGCAGCAUUGUUCUCCAGGAGAGGUUCCUCUAUGCCUGUGGAUUUGCCUCCCACCCCGAUGAAGAACUGCUUCGAGCACUCCUUAGUAAGUUCAAAGGUUCGUUUGCAAGCAAUGACAUCAGAGAAACAGUUAUGAUCAUCAUUGGAGCUCUUGUCAGGAAGCUGUGUCAGAAUGAAGGAUGCAAGCUCAAAGCAGUGGUUGAAGCUAAGAAGCUAAUCCUGGGAGGGCUUGAAAAGCCAGAGAAAAAGGAGGACACCACGAUGUAUCUGCUGGCUCUGAAGAACGCCCUGCUUCCUGAAGGCAUCCCACUCCUUUUGAAGUACGCUGAGGCUGGAGAAGGGCCCGUCAGCCACCUGGCUACCACUGUUCUCCAGAGAUAUGAUGUCUCCUUCAUCACAGAUGAGGUGAAGAAGACCUUGAACAGGAUUUACCACCAGAAUCGUAAGGUUCAUGAGAAGACUGUGCGCACUGCUGCUGCUGCUGUGAUCUUAAAGAACAAUCCUUCCUACAUGGAUGUGAAGAACAUUCUGCUGUCUAUUGGGGAACUUCCCAAAGAAAUGAAUAAAUACAUGCUCACCUUUGUGCAAGACAUCCUGCAUUUUGAAAUGCCUUCGAGCAAAAUGAUCCGUCGAGUCCUGAAGGAGAUGGUUGCUCACAAUUAUGACCGUUUCUCCAAGAGUGGGUCCUCUUCUGCCUAUACUGGCUACAUAGAACGUAGCCCCCGCGCGGCAUCCACAUACAGCCUUGACCUGCUGUACUCGGGUUCUGGCAUUCUGAGGAGAAGUAACCUGAACAUCUUCCAGUACGUCGGGAAGACAGAUCUUCAUGGUAGUCAGGUGGUCAUCGAAGCUCAGGGGCUGGAAAGCUUAAUUGCGGCCACUCCUGAUGAAGGGGAGGAAAACCUUGACUCCUAUGCUGGCAUGUCAGCCAUCCUGUUUGAUGUUCAGCUCAGACCUGUCACUUUUUUCAAUGGAUACAGUGAUUUGAUGUCCAAAAUGCUGUCGGCGUCUGGUGACCCUGUCAGUGUGGUGAAAGGGCUUAUUCUGCUAAUAGACCAUUCCCAGGAUAUUCAGCUGCAAUCUGGACUAAAGGCAAAUAUGGAAAUCCAGGGUGGUCUGGCUAUUGACAUUUCAGGUUCCAUGGAAUUCAGUCUGUGGUAUCGUGAGUCUAAAACCCGAGUGAAAAAUCGGGUGGCUGUGGUAAUAAACAGUGAUGUCACCGUGGACUCUUCCUUUGUGAAAGCCGGCCUGGAGAGCAGAGCGGAGACAGAGGCGGGUCUGGAGUUCAUCUCAACGGUGCAGUUCUCACAGUACCCGUUCUUAGUCUGCAUGCAGAUGGACAGGGCCGAAGCUCCAUUCAGGCAAUUUGAGACAAAGUACGAAAGGCUGUCCACGGGCAGAGGCUUUGUCUCUCGAAGAAGAAAAGAAAGCCUAGUGGCUGGAUGUGAACUCCCACUCCAUCAGGAGAACUCUGAGAUGUGCAACGUGGUAUUCCCCCCUCAGCCAGAGAGCGAUAACUCGGGUGGAUGGUUUUGAAACAGAUGAGUGGUGUUUCCCUUGGAUCCAUUUCUUUGAGAGCGACAUGCUUCGAUGUGCCUAAUCUUUGCUCUCUGAGAGCACGGUGUUUACAUAUUUCCCUGUAUUUAAGAUGUUGGUGAAGAACAGAGGAGAACUUCCGUUAAUUAAAUUUGAGCCUAUUCAGGAGAUGCCCCACAGUGUCGCUCUGAGUCACCAUGCCACUUACAACAACAUGCCUACGUUUUGCUCUUUGCAAAAGUCCUAGCAGGUACAGUGAAUCUGGUUUUGUUCUAAGAAGAAACUAGGGUCUGUAUAAAACCAAGACAAGAAAACGAAAACCCCCAAACCAUAAAAGCUUAGGCAAAUGUGAACUGACUCAACAACUUUCAGCCGAAGUGAGCCCUUGGCGGGACCUUAUGCUUGCUUUCCAGGAAACACACUGCCUAAGUGGGGCGGGAGUGGAGGGACCCAAGCGAGCCAUUUUUCCCCCUUUCUCUUCUUCUCUUGAUUUACUUUUUUUCCCCUGGUAUAUUUUUUUUCAGAAGGUUCAGAGAGAGGGUGGAGUCAAGACUUAAAAAGUUUUGUUCGUCGAUCUCAAGAAUUAAUAUUUAUGUUUUCUGGUGGUUUUAUAAGCAUCAAAGAGACAGAAUUAAGGUGACCUGUGACAUGUCUCUGCUGGCCCUGCAGUGGGACCACUUGGAAGUCAUUCACUUUGGAAUUAGCAUACAGGAAUAAAAAAUAAUUGAGUCUUGGAGCAUCCAUUAGAUUUUUCUCAGGAUAUGUCUUUUUGAUACCGUCAUGUGGUACACAGCUCUUUGUAGGGGACACCCUGGAGUUACCACUUUAUACCUCAAUUGUCUGGUGGUAGAAGCAUCAUCUGUUUGACUACAGUUUGUGUAACAUCCAGUAGAGAUGGGAAGAACUUCAAGAAAAUGAUGGAUUUGUAUUUCAAAACUAUAACAUUGAAUAAAGACUCUCUUUAUUUGUAUGAAUUAAAAGGCCACACCAAACAUUUAAACAUAUUUAUUAAUAAGGAAGAUGUGUUUAUUGUAAUACCUGCCCCCCCAAAAAAAAGUCAGGUGCUCAUCUGUCCACUAAACAGACGCAUAAGAUGGAAGUUUAGCUGAAGUAGAAAAUGAAUUGUGAUGAUGAAAUAAACAUAUGGAAUUUACUGAG